UAUUAUUAUUUUGUCAUUCAAUGCAAAUAAUGCAAAAAUCAUUGUUUACCAGCUCCAGGAGUGUAUAUCUGCUCAUGUACAGAGCCAAUUCAAGGGGUCCCACAGACAAUGCACCGCAAAAACAGGAUGAAACCAGUACCCUAGAUGAUCCAAAACACGAACAUCUGGACAGAAAAACAUUUACACCUGAAAUUGAUGCAGAAGAAGAAGCAGAAGAACAACAACAACAACAACAAAAAGAAGAUCUUGAAUAUAAGAUGAAAACACAUCAGGUCACAAAGAAUAAUGAGACUAGUUCAGGAGAUCUGAUGGAUGAGAUGCAAAAUGAACAGAAAGACCAAAAAGAAGCCAAAGAGGAACACAAAAGAAACAUAGUGGAUGACAGUGACAAAACGCUCAGUAUUUGGGCUGGAGGAGAAGAGGAUGAUGCAAAAUAUGUAGAGGAUGAAAAAUCAGUCAGAAAAACAAGCAUAGAGGAAAAUCUGUCUACAAACGAAGACAAUACUUCUUCCAUCAUUACUCAAGAAAACGACGAACCCGGGAUGUUAAAGCAACGUCUGGGCAUCCAGACAGUUAAUAAACUGGAUGAAAAUGAGGCAACUGGCCUUCAUGUGCCAGAAAAAACCUGCUGCUGUUGCUGUUGAAGUUUACAUCCACGUCUGUCCGGACUCAUAUGUAGCCAUGACACAAAACAUACUUCAAAUAUGGAUGUUGCUGCAAAGAAGCUAUAAAUUCUAAAACUCUGCUUCACGCAUGUCUUCAACCCAUAAGAACAGAAGACCUAUAUAAUUAGCACAGUUUAAAUAAUUGUGUCUCCGCUUCUGUUCCUGAGAAAUGAUGUUGAACGAUGGUCAGAAAAGUGUUUUUGCUCAACAUUAUAAUGUCACAAUGACAUUGACUAUUGGGUGUAAAACAUCACUUUGCCAGUUUAUUCUAUUACACAUUUUGUCUGAAAUUUUGUAAUAAUUAGCACGUGAGGUCUUGAAUCAUUACCAAAAAAGUAUUUUUUGACCUUUGAUUGACAAAAAUAGCUAAUUGUUCAGAAAAACUCACACUAGUUUUAACAAAAUUUCAGACAAAUGUCUAAUAAAGUAAAUUCACAAUGUGAUGACGUUUUAUAUCCAGUUCUUCAGUUAUGACCAAAAAACUAUUGUUGAAAGUCACCUUGACCUCUGACCAACAAAAUUAGGUCUUGGUCAUAACUCAAGAACUCACGCUAACUAUGUCAAAAUUCAGAAAAUGUCUUACAGAAUAAUUUGAUGAAGUGAUGAUGUUUUAUAGUUAGUUCUUGAGUUAUGACCAAAAAACUAUUGUUUUAUGGUCACGGCCACCUUGACCUUUGACUGACAAAAUCUGAUCAGUUUAUUAUAGUCAUGACAUUAUGCCUCCAGCUGUUACCGGGAAUACAUCGACAUUUCCAGUCCAUUGCUACAUAUUGUAGCAAGCUGUUAAGUUGUGAUGAAUUUUGAUGCAUUUAAAGGUGAUUGGACAGUGUUUUACUUUGCUUGAUACUAAGGAAACUUUCUUCUUUCAAAUACACGGAUGCACAUUAACUCUGUUUGGAUAAAUGUAUUCAAAUAAAAACUUGCAUUUAAAAAAAAAUUAAACAAUUAAUUAAAUAUUUUUUAUUUUGUA